AGCCACAAUGGAAGUUGUCCUGAACAUGGGCAUAUUCCGGAACAUUGACCUGAUAUCGCAAGGAUACUAUGAAGUUCAAAUUCAAAUAUACACAGAGCAAGAUUGGAUCUUCGAAGAGAUAAAGGAACAACAGACCAUUAAGACAUAUGCAAGAUAUGUAAACAAAGACCCAAAAACUUGUCAAAACUACCAUGAAAAUAGUGAAAACCCUCACCAAUAUACCACUGAGUCCUUCUGAAUUGGCUAUGAAAGAGAGAAUGCUUAUAAAACAAUUAAUAUGUUGGAAUUUCAGCAUAAAAUUUUCCUGCCGAUGGACUACUACAAACAAGAUGAUCUCAAAGUGCCGAUAUAUUGCAGAGCCAAGCUGUUUCAUAUUCCGAUCGAGUUGUUCAAGACUAGCAACUCGUCCAAACCAUCAUUUAUAGAAGUCGAUCAGAAAGAAUUUAAAAUCGGAAACGCACUUAUAGGUGCAUACAAGUAUCUUCAAUUGGAGUUUCAAGCCCCAUAUGCUUGUGCUUUAGAGACUUCUAUCCACUGUUGCAUCCUCAAACUGGAGCUCACAAGCAAGCAGUAAUAUUUAACUCUUUAGGUUCUCGAAAAGCAGUCAAAUUUAUUG